UGUGCCAGUAUACUAACGUGGACAGUGUAGGAAGCUCACACGCAGUAAUGCAUGUGAUAGUUCUUCUAUUUUAUGGUACAACCAAACGUUUCACAACAAGCAAAGCGCUUUUCGUAAGCCGAUGCAUCGGUGUCACGCUGGGCUUUCACUUUCGGUCAGUUGAUUUAAUCCUAUCAGCGAUUCAUUGACUCGAUCGGGUCUGGAAGCAAAGCAGCCGGCGGCUCUUAGCGGCCGUUCGCCGCUGCCGCAUAUUUGCGCUGCACCUCCGUGCGCAAACCUGCCUGUGAGGCGCGGGACGCGGAAGUCGCUCGGUGCUCAAACACACUCGCAACUAGAAGAAAAAGCGCAUUAAAGUGCUCUCUGUGGAAGUCCAUAGCAAAUGGUAAUGAAGGAAUAAGGCGGAUUUAAGAACCCAGGCUACUUUCAUUUCUCAUCUGAAGUGGAAUGAUUGUCAUUUCUUCACCGGCAUGUUCUUCAAGAAGCAGGUUCAAGAAACUAGCCAUGAGGCGUGUGGAUGUGGUCUACCUCAAGGGGGCACCAUUGGUGCGGAUCCCCUUCUCCAUCCAUGGCAGGAAGAUGACCACUGCUCCCUGCCACAGCAGGCUUGUAUCGAGCUGACUGGCCGGCCUGCCGAGAAUGGCAGCGAGACCCCGCUGCUGCCCCCAGUGGUAACGACACACGGAACAUCUCGCAAUCCACCCUCGUACGACUAUGUUCUGGUUGGCAAGCAUAUUGAGGAUCCAAAUAGUGCGAUACGUACAAAGCAGAAGGAGUUCAUAUCUGCUUUGAGGCAGAAGGACAUUAAGGUGAUGGAAAUCGUGGACGAGCAAAAGGUGUUUUACGGGAUCCGUGCCCCGAAUGAGAUGUUCGAGAAGUACAGGUACCUGCUGAAGGUGUCCGACGCCUGCAACUGGAGCUGCGAGCAGCAAAGAGAGGUCAUCCUGUCCACCAGGAUAAGAAUCGUUCACUUCAUCCUGGAUCACACAUACAUAAACGUAAACUCUGAAGAGGAGAAUCUUGACCAACUCAUCAAGAAAAAUGUGUUUGAGACCAAAUUCUGUCUGCACGAGAAAAAGAAGCAGAAAGAGCUGACCCAAAGUUGGGCUCGCUGGUCUGCCUGUUUCCAGAGACAACCCAUUACUGAAGUGAGGAGCUACUUUGGGGAGAAGAUUGCCCUGUACUACCUGUGGCUGGGCUGGUACACCUGCCUGCUGAUUCCUGCGGCCAUCGUGGGGAUCGUUGUCUUUCUCUACGGUUUGGCGUUCUUCAACACCAGCCCGCUCAUAAAAGAGGUAUGUGAGGCAGAUACCAUCAUGUGCCCGCUGUGUGACCGUCAGUGCAAAGUAUGGAAUCUGUCAGACACCUGCACCUUUGCCAAGGUGAGCAUCCUGUUCGACAAUGAGGGGACGGUAGCCUUCGCCAUGUUCAUGGCUAUCUGGGCCACCGUCUUCCUGGAGUUUUGGAAGAGGCAUCGAGCAGCAUAUGUCAGCGAGUGGAAGGUGUACGACUGGUCUGAGGACGAGGAGGAGCUGAUUCUGGAGAUUAUAAAUGAUCCGGACUGUGAGACCAAGAAGUACCGGCACUCCUACCUGCACAGCACCGUGGUGCUGAUCCUCGUCACGCUCAUGCUGGUGCUCAUUAUCGGCUUGGCUCAAGCCUUGGUGGUCUUCCGUGUGGUGGCCCAAGUCCAGCUUUCGGAGAGCAAAUGGGAGUUCCUGAGCGACAACGCCAACACUGUCGCCAUCAUGAUGGGAGCCGUGGUACACUACUUAACCAUCACCAUCAUGACCCGGGUCAACAGGAAAGUGGCCCUCAAGCUCUGUGAGAUUGAGGAGACACGCUCAAACGCUGCCACUGAGAGGAGCUUCACCGUCAAGAUGUUCACCUUCCAGUUCUUCACCCUCUUCUCCUCACUCAUCUACGUGGCCUUUUUUCUCGGCCGGAUAAACGGACAUCCUGGGAGCUACGUGCGUAUCUUAGGGAAGUGGAGGCUCGAGGAGUGCCAUCCCAGCGGCUGCCUGACGGACCUCUUCAUCCAGAUGGCGAUCAUCAUGGUCCUGAAGCAGAUUCUGAACAACAUCUUCGAGUUCACUGGGCCCUGGCUGAGGCGGUAUGUGAAUAGAAAGACGACCAAGAAGCUGCAGAGGAAGUGCGGCCACUGCUAUAAAAAGGAGUGCAAGGAGACAGAGGAGGGCUCGGAGAUCUGCGAGAGCUGCAAGCUGCAGAGCUGGCUGCGCAACUACCGGCUGACUGACGUCAACGCCUUCAGCCUCUUCGAGGAGUUCCUGGAGAUGAUUCUCCAGUUCAGUUUCACCACCAUCUUCGUUGCGGCCUUCCCACUGGCUCCGUUCCUGGCCCUUCUCAACAAUGUCUUCGAGAUACGUCUGGAUGCCAUUAAGAUGGUCAGCCUGGAACGCCGGCUGGUGCCUAAAAAGACCAACAAUAUCGGAAUUUGGUCAAUUAUUCUGGAGGCCGUUGGUGUUCUGGCAGUCAUCGCAAAUGGACUUGUCAUCGGAGUAACUUCUGACUUCAUCCCCCGACUUGUGUACCUCUACCGAUAUGGCCCGUGUGCCACUGGGACUGUCACAGACAUCAGCUGCAUGAGUGGAUACAUCAACAACUCCCUGUCCACCGUGUUCGUGAAUGACCCGAACGUAAGCAAAGACUUCAGCCAAACACAGCUGAUCACACAUAAUGGCCUCUCCGUCAAUCAUUGCAGUUAUAAAGACUACAGGAACAGUGAGGACUACAGUUUCACUUCACAGUAUUGGCUUAUCCUGGCCGUGCGCUUUGCCUUUGUCAUCCUUUUUGAGCACGUGGUCGUCAUCUGCAAAUUCAUUGUUGCUUGGUUUGUCCCGGACAGCCCACACAGAGUUAAAAAUGACAGACUGGAGGACAAGUUGAAUAGACUGAAAGAGGAGCUCAGCUUGUUCAAAGAGAGAAGAGCGCAGUGGCAGCAGAGCUCCGACGUGUGAUGGGGGGAACGACCUUGCAGGACACAGGGCAACAAGGGGGAGCAACUUGGGAAACAAGGAGACGAGGCUCAGUGAGCGCAGUGUGAUUUCCCAUCAUGCUCCAUCGCCUCAACACCAGAACACUUCCUUACCUAGACUGUGAAAAUGAAGCCUAGUUCAAGAUGGAGUCAAGGAAGAGGUUCUUAGUUGUCUCCUAUAUAAGAGGAGGUGAACAUAGACGAAAGAAAACAAACACACAAUCCAAAGACUUGACCAUUUGUAUUCACACAGGGUCUUACUGGUUGUGUUCAGACUGUUCCAGGGUGCUGUAAAGAGAGGAAAAGUUAGGAUGAUUCCAAGUAGGGAGAUUACAAGAAUCCCUGAGGAUCAUAAAAAAUUUGGAACAUGAUUGGAUUGGUCUGGGUUGGGAACCCAAUAUGAUACGCUUUUUUGGGGCCCAAAAUCUCGAGCAGAACCCCUGAGUCUAUCUACUGUAAUUCCCGUCCAUGUCGUACAGCUGAAUGAAUGACCAGGUGCUGCAAUGGCUUAAGUAACAGCUCAUUUCCUGAGCCCAGGAUCAUGUGCUGGACUAUGGCAUCGCUCAGGAUGGGACCAUGCGGAUGGAAUCAUGAAAGUGGACCUAUGGUCUCCUCAAAACCUCAGGAGGCAGCUUCUGCAGAAAAGGGGUGAUGGACUUUGGAACGGUGUGGGCAAAGGCAGCUUCCCGGGAAUGGACACCAUUUGUGCUGAUAUUCUAUCUUCAUGUUCUGUUGAGCACAUCAUGCUCCUGACGUGUCCGCCUCAUAACAUUGGAAUCACCAUUCAUUAUAAUUAUCAUUUAUUUCGUUUGUUGUAUAACGUUGUGUAAAAAUGUAACACUUGAAUCGUGAAUGGUCAGAAUGGGUCAUUGAUUUGUAUGUAUUUUUGUCCUUAACAACAGGUUAAUUUUGAAACUAUGCCGUCAUGAAAAUUGUGGUAUAUCCAUCCAUCCAUCCAUUUUCUAAACCGCUUAUCCUAUUGGGUCGCGGGGGGUCCGGAGCCUAUCCCGGAAUCAAUGGGCACGAGGCAGGGAACAACCCAGGAUGGGGGGCCAGCCCAUCGCAGGGCACACUCACACACCAUUCACUCACACAUGCACACCUACGGGCAAUUCAGCAACUCCAAUUAGCCUCAGCAUGUUUUUGGACUGUGGGGGGAAACCGGAGUACCCGGAGGAAACCCCACGACGACACAGGGAGAACAUAAUUGUGGUAUAGAUCCUCCUUUUUAAUUUAUGUUUUACAUUGGGUGGGUGGGAUAUUUCAGCGCGGUAUCGCCCAUCCUUUAGGACGCCGAAAUUGUGUUGUCCGGUGGCUGAGUGAUGAGCAUCUCCCUGUUCUGGUAUCAGGGUGGACUCUCUGCUAAUUGCCAUUCGCCCAUUUCACAAAAAAAUGAAACCACUUCUUUCUUCAUUCCUCUUGGUACAUUUUAGGGAAAUGUAAAUACAUCCAGGACAUGUUUUCAUAAAAGAAUAAAGAAAAACGGUGAACCAAGCACCGAAAACAUUUAACCUGCAGAUGCUGAAAACCAGCUUUCAUCGUCACAGCAAAUCCACGUGUAAAAAGUGCAAAAAGUUUUUAAUUAAACCAUAUUGGAAUAUUUCUGUAAUAAUAAUGUCUGUAAGUAAACUGUGGUGGUAUUAGUGCUGAAUUUAGUUACUUGUGAGCCUUAGCUGAUUUAUCACAUCAUGACAUCUUGGGGGCUCAGUGGGCAGGGCUGGUACCUCAAACAUUAUAGCUGGGAGCUGGAGUUCGACGACUCCUGCUGUCCUUUGUUGCUGGAGUGCUGCUUAUAAUGUGUUCUUGCCAAUUAUUUAACAAUUAGAACAUAAACAGCCAUGUAAGGGGAUCUCUGGGCUUGGAGAUGGCUGAUCUUUCUGGGUAACAAAUAAGUGUAAUCCAUUAAUUUUGUUAAUAAAAAUACUACAUCAAGUCUCCAAA